CCGGUUACGCGUGCGUUCACGACGACUGAUAACAGAUAUCAGAUUUUUUUAAUUAUUUUUUCGUCUGAUASMAUAAAUGCAUAAUGUUAUUGACAUAGUUUUUUUUGUAAACACUUCGGUUUUCUUCGAUCAUAAGUGUCGUAAACAUUUUCGACUACCACAAUACUGAUUAACCACCUGUGGAGUUGUUCCGGACCUCCGUCACGAUGCAGAACUCAACGUCAAGGGUGUUGAGACAUUAUUUGCGACGUCGAUGUAGUAUACGUUUCACGUCGAGUGCAUCGAGUUUUGACUGGGAAGAUGCUCUAAACCUCGAACACAAUUUAACGGACGAUGAACGACAGUUGAAAGCCUCGUUCAGGGACUUCUGUCAGAAAUCCCUCAUGCCCAGAAUAUUGAAAUCGAACCGCGAUGCCGUUUACGAAAAAGAUGUGCUCAAAGACAUGGCGUCAAUGGGUGCAUUGGGAUGUACUAUCGGCGCCUACGGUUGUACCAAAGUGUCACAGGUCGGAUACGGUCUCAUCGCCAGAGAAGUAGAAAGAGUCGACAGUGCAUAUAGAUCCGCCCUGAGCGUCCAAUCGUCGCUGGUCAUGCACGCGAUUCACGCGUACGGCACCGAAGAGCAACGGGAACGGUACCUACCGCGGCUGGCCACCGCUGACCUAGUGGGUAGCUUUUGCCUGACCGAACCGAACGCCGGAAGUGACAUCGGUACGAUGGAGAGUAAAGCCAAGUACAACGCGGACACCAAGUCUUACGUACUGAACGGCGCCAAGACGUGGAUAACCAACGCACCGGUGGCCGACGUGUUCGUGGUGUGGGCCAGGUGCGAUGAUGGCCGCGUCCGAGGGUUUUUGGUGGAAAGGGGCACAGCUGGCCUUUCGACUGCCGUAAUACCCGGAAAAAUGUCGCUGAGGGCGUCCAGCACCGGAUCUGUGUACAUGGACAACGUGAUAAUCGUCAUGAUUUAUCGCCGUCGGUUUUUUUCAGGACCUUUCGGCUGCUUGAACCACGCCCGGUACGGAAUCGCGUGGGGGGCUUUCGGGGCGGCCGAAGCAUGCUUGUCCGUUUCCCGGGCGUAUUGCCUGGAUCGCAAACAAUUUGGCAAACCGUUGGCCGCCACGCAACUAAUCCAGAAGAAAUACGCCGACAUGGUCACCGAGAUAUCCAUCGGGCUGCUGGCGUGUCUGCAAGUGGGCAGGUUAAAGGAACAAGGAUUGGCCACACCGGAAAUGGUAUCGYUGAUAAAGAGGAACUCGACCGGCAAAUCGUUGGACAUCGYGAGGUGGGCGAGGGACACGCUCGGGGGAAACGGCAUUAGCGACGAGUACCACGUGAUCAGACAUCUCAUAAAUCUGGAAACCGUUCACACCUACGAAGGCACGUACGACGUCCAUGGUCUAAUAUUGGGCAGAGCGAUCACUGGUAUUCAAGCGUUCAAAUAGUACGACGGCCGCGAAAUCAAAAACUUCGGAGACCAGCUUAAGGAAAACCAAAAAAUAAAUAAAUAAAUAAUAAUUGUGAUAUAUAUGUAUACCAAUUUAGUCACUUAAAUGUUACCGAUUAACCGAGCUUCACAUAUCGAUCGCAAUUCAUUAUAUAUGCUGACAAAGGUCUUAUAACGUCUUUUGGCUUGCAGUGCAUCACAAAAUACGCGUAUAGGUAUACGUAUUGUUUGUGAAUUGUGCAUAUUAAUAAAAUAUUUUUAUCUUGAA